AUGCAUCCCGACAAAGGUCUCAUAAACGUGCGCUUCCCUUAUGCAUCCAGCCGCUUCACUAAUGUGAAUAGGUUAUACAGAAGGAUCAGAUCCACCAGACGGAGAAAUUUCAAUUCCGCACUGCUGCUGAGUCGUCGGACUUAUCCACCAAGGGAUUCGUGGAAUUUCUUGCCCCCUUUUGGGUAUGCAGGUACUAAGAGUCCUCUCACUACCAACCAGCAAACAUCAUCUGGCUGGGUCUUGCCGGGGAGAUCGGAGCAAGAGGGAACGCCUAGACGACGUUUUUAUUCCUGGGCUGUAGUAAGUAGAUCGAGAGGUCGUUCCGCCCCUUGUCCCCUAAGUUAGGUAAUAUGUUCUCGACCAUUCUUGCUCCAAUCUGACCUAGCUGGCGAGCGAUCCCAGUUCGCGAUAGAGAACAAGACAGCAAGCAAGCGUACCUUUGUUCGCUUCUUCUCCACCAAGCAUGGAAGUUUAAGGAUAACUGUAGGUCGGUGGCUACCUAAGGAAACUCCGAUUCGAUCCCCCCGGCCGGGAGGCAUCUACCUCAUCCCGAUCACAAGGAGAGGUUCACUACGAUGGGGGUAUUUUUUUUUCCCUUCCAGAAAGAAUGAAAUGCAUAGGGGACCAUCCUUUUGUUGCGGCAUGCUCCUCAGAUUUACGGAUUUGCAGGGGGCCUCAGGCCCUACUUAG